AUGUCGGGCAUUCGCGCGGCCGUGGUCGGCGACAUUGGCGUCGGCAAGUCGUCGCUCGUCCGGGCUCUCGGUGGAGAGAUCGUCUGCAGAGAUGAUGGGACGGGCGUGGUGUACCAGGUCGCGGCCGCCACGGGUCGGCCCAUUUGCGUCGCCGAGUGCGCGUCCCUGGCGCACUGCACCACGUUGGCCCCUCAAGUGGUCCUGCUCGCAUUUGACCUGUCCCAGCCAAGCACGUUUGCCACCGCGAUUGCCAAGUGGGCCGCGUUUCGUGGAGUGCCCGAGGCGACGGUCGUUUUGGUGGGAUGCAAGCGCGAUCUCAUGACGGAUGUGCUCGUGUCGGCGACUGCCAGGGACUUUGCAGCGACCGAAUUUGACGGGUACUUUGAGAUCUCGGCUUCUGGCAGCAGCGCCGAUGUCGCGUCUCUGCGCUCCGUGCUGUUUUCUCCUUUUACGAGCGCAUUGCUGCCGCCUCCUCCGCCUCUCCACACCACUUCCACGAAAGACAACGUCUCGAGCGCUUCUAGUCAUGCCUUGCUUCGUGACCACAUUGUGGUCAACAAGACGGCUCGCGAUAUCUGGCUCUUCGACAAGAGGGCGUUCGCUCAGCAGAGCCGUAACUUUGACGCGACAAGCGCGUCGAAGGGGCGCGUAUUCUCGACCGCCCUGGCUUUGGCGAAGCGCCGCGACGCCGCCGCCAUCGAACGAGGCCAUGCCAUGGCUAGUCGUCUGGCUGUUCGUGGUCGGAGGGCGGCUGUCGAGGCGGUGACUGAGAGGUCCACAACGCCCACGAAAUCCAUUCGCUUGACCAACUCGGACGGAUCCCCUCGGACGUAUUCGUUCAUGCACGCAACGCAAGCCAGCACCCACCGAGCUGACGCACGGACUCGAAAGAGCAACAUAGAGAACGUCGACGACGAACGCGUCAAGUCAAAUGCGCCCUGGGAACCAACUCGCCGUCGCAGGUCGUGUCGGAGGCGAUCCUCGCCGCUCGCAGGCGACAUCGCGGCCUGCCACGCAAAGGAUGCGAGUACCUGCGCUGCCGAGACCACUCGGACGAGGCCCUGUGAAGCGCGACCGUCGACGAAACAAGUUGACGUCGACAACACGGGUGACGACGGGUGCUGCAAACACUUGAACGACUCGAUGCGUCCCGCCAGCCCACGGACCAUAGAGCUUCAGAACGAUGUCGCUGCGAGCGAGAUCACCGUCGUGCCGCCGCCUUUACCAGUGGAUGAAUCGGGCAACUAUUGCUUCAUCCAGGGUGGUUCCGAUCGUAAUUCCUCGACGCCCGGUAGCGACACUCCACCUCGCAACGACGAUGCCGCCAUCACUUUCGACGACGACGAUGUGCUGGGGGCGCUAGAGUCGUUUCAUCUGUCCAUCUAA